AUGGCGACUGGUCCUGGAGAUAAUAUCCAGAAGUUGUCUCUGUACGUCUCGCUCUAUGCUCGCAGCAUACAAGGGGAGUUUCAUUGGGGAUUACUCGUCACGGACUCUCAGUCCAGAGGGACUCUCCAUCAUGCGAAAGAUAACCCCAGUUGGCAGUAUGAGAAGAAGAUUGCAAAGGUGGACAACUCGGCCACUUUGGUCUGCCUGGUUCGGAUAGGCUCCGUGACCAGUGUACACGAUGCCGAGUCCGUCAUGGAGAGCAUCCCAGCUGAUGGGAAACCUUCCCAGAGGACUGGGGAAGAGUUCAACUGUGGGACAUGGGCGAAGGAUUCACUCGUCGCCCUCGACUCUAAGGGAGUUAUCCAACUCCCACGGGAUAUUGACUCGCUCCAGAAUAGUGUGAUUGCUUUGGGCAUGAAGCAUUCCCGAGCUGCUGAGCUUGGAAAGGGGCCUACGGUCGUAAAUAGCCUAGGCUCCACAUGA